AUGGAAAUGCCGUAUCUUAGUCCCGUUUUCGGCUUGAUAUCUGUUCAGCCGGGCGUUAAGUAUGGGGAAGUACCUAUUGCCAACCUCCCUCCGCUCCCUGUCAAACCUGGCGAUGACGCUGGUGGCGUCGAGCGAGGCUUGCAAGAGGAUGUGACAGAGGCUACGGAUCCUACCUUGUUCGAACCUGCAUUCAACGGCUCGUUCUUAGGGGUUGAUAUCUUUAACUCUCCCUUUCUGGGCAGCAAUGUACCUUAUUCUCAGCAGAUACCCUCUUCUAUGAUGGAGCCCAACGAGUUUUCAUUCCAAGAUACACUCGCGAUAGAUAUCGAUGAGGACUGGAGCAAGAUGCUACAACAGCUUGAUUGA